ACGGUUACAUAUUUUUGGAUUUCCCACACAUCAUCAACCCCAUCUUAUCACUUGACACAGCACCAUGCUUAAAGGAUUAAGGAAGAAAGCGCUGAUCUUGUCAUUAGGUUCAGUGUCCCUGCUGACCAGUCUGUCCCCAGUUGCUAACGAAGCCAACUAUGAAAAAGUCUUGACCCAGGUGCACGAUUUUGAAAUCGCCCUCAAGGCCAUGGAUUACCUCUUAGAUGACCACACUGAACAAGGGAUUGCUCUUUUAAAUAAAGAAGCGGCCAAGACAACCUCGUCAGAUCAACCACAUGCUAUUUUCCCGUUGGCCCUCGGUGUUAUUGAGUUUAUUGAAGCCACCCUUGGGUUUGAGCCUGAGGUUAUGGCUAAGGCCCACAAGACAUUGAGUGAAGCUGAAAACGCCAGUUUGAACAAUAGUAAGUACAAUAUCAAGCAUCAGAUGGCCACUUCGAAUAUAUACCCUCCAGGAACCGAGUUCCAGGUCACGUAUGCUGAAUCGACAUUGUUGAAUGCAUUGUUGAUGUUGUUAACCGAGAAUAACGGUAUUGUUGAAGGUGCCAAGGCAUUGUACAAAUUAAGAAGAGCAUACCAGACCUUGGAUGCAGUUUACAAGAGAAUCAAGGAUCUGGAACCGAUCUUUAACAAGAAUUUACAGAAAUUGAAAAAGGAGGCUGCCAGCAUUGCUGCCGCCAAUUCCGUCGCGGGAUCGAGAAAUGGCAACGGUAUCAAUGGUUCGUUGGCGUCGUUGAACCGAUCAAUUAGUACUGUUGAUUUGCCAGGAUUCUCUAGUGCCAAUUCGUCCUCAGCGAACUUGCCUCAAGAUUUGAAAUUGAUCAAGGAUUUAGAAAAGAUCUACUCUAUGAGAAAAGCCAGAGUCGAGGGGUCUAAUUUACCUAAUAAUGGACAACAAAUGAACUUGUUCCAUGGUAUUGGCAGCCUGGUAUCUUCCUCAUUUGUAUCAUCAAUGGAAAGUUCCGAUGUCAUCAACGAUCUGUCCGAUACCCACAUGCAUGUCUCAACUGUUGACGAAUUCAUUCAUUCCGGUGUGCAAUUAUGUUUUGGGAUUUUGCAGGUUGUGCUAUCAUUGAUCCCUCCAGCCAUUGGUAAGGUGCUUUCCAUCGUUGGGUUCAAAGGUGAUCGAGACACCGGGUUGAAGUUGCUUUGGAGAACUGCCAUCACUUGCAGAAACAUCCAUGGUGAAUUAGCCUUGCUUUGUUUGUUAGUUUUUUAUGAUGGUCCUGUUCAAUUUGUCGACGUUGGGUUUCAAUUGCCUGGUAAUGAAGACUCCAGUAUCAAGAAUGUUAUCCCUCUCGAUAAUAAAGUGACCAUUACCGAUGCUGAAUUAGAGACCAUCUUGAAGAAUCCUGCGUUAUACACCAAUCAAAUCUUAUUCAAAGCCAGAAAGUUCUUCCCCCAUAAUGCAUUAUGGCUCUUGCAAGAAGGAAGAAUCUUGGCUGCGCAGGGACAAAUCGCCAAGGCUACUGAAUUAAUGCAGAACUUCACCGAUGAUAAACUGAACAAGAUCCAAAUGCAGCAAGUUGAAGCAUUGUUGAUAUUUGACCGUGCCAUGGCAUACAUGUUCCAACACGAGUUCGACAACGCUGCCCGGGAUAUGAUUUACCUUAUUGAGAUCAAUUCCUGGUCUAAAGCUGUGUAUUUGUUCAUGGCUAGUGCCUGCUAUUUGGAAAAGUAUAGAUUUAUCAAAAUGGGCAUGAUUGAAGUUGAAGAUAAGGAAGCUGAAAUGUUGAAAUACUCCAAGUUGUUUGACAAGUACUUGGAUUUAGCAUUAAGUUAUGUUCCUGGCCACGGUAUCAACGCUGCCGCUAAAAAGGGUGGUAUUGGAGGAAGCGGCAAGCAAAUGCCAUUUGACAAGUUCUUGCUCAGAAAACACAAGCAUUUAGAAGCAAGAAAGAGACAGUAUCCUAAAUUAGCCAGUGUGGAUUUAGUGGGUACUUCAUUAGUUCACGAAUUGGUAUAUUUCUGGAAUGGGUACAAUAGAAUGUCGCAAACCAAUUUGCAGGAUGCAUUAAAGGCAUUAGGAUACUCUGGUGCCAUUGAUGCCGAGUAUUCCGCCAAUACAGGAACUUCCAAAUACUCGCUUGUUGAAGAAACUGAGGAUGAAGCCAUGAUCAGAUACUUUUUGCAAGCCAUCUGUCUUAGACUGUUGGAUAAACCCCAGGAUGGAUUAGCCCUUUUAGACAAUCAUGUACUUGCCAAGUACAUUAUUUCCGAUACCCCACAAUUCAAGUUCCAGAAAAUGACAUACAGUCCCUACCUUUAUCCUACGGCGUUGUACGAAAAGACCAUGUUUGUGUGGAUAUUACGCACCAAAGCAUCGACCAAGAAGAUCGAUGUUACUGCAGCCGUGGCUGAAAGUAAGAGUUGGUUAAAGAAGGCCGAGUUGGUCGGUGAAGGUGACUACGAGUUGAGUAAUAGAACUGGAAUGAGAAUUAAAGCAGCUGGUGAUAGACUAGACCAAUUGGGUACCAGUGUAUAG